CAUAAAUUACAUGCGUGUAAGCAUACACUACAUUCGUGAAAAAAAUGGCAGCUGACGAAUAGAAAAAAGUGGAUCUUCACUCGAAAAAACGGGACACUUGACAAGACUACACAGGCACGGGAACAAUCUGGACGGACAUCCUGCUCCUUGUUUGUUGCCAUAAAAGCAUCACCCUUGGUCAUCUGCCACCAUGGGAAAAACUCCACUAAAAGACCAGAAAGAUGGCAAAAAAGAGAAACCAGGAAGGACAAUUCCACCAACAGGUACAACUCCUGCAACGGCGAAAGAUGCUUUCAGUUGGGAAGAAUAUCUAAAAGAAACAUCAUCCAUACCGGCUCCAUCAAGCUGUUUUCGUCAGGACAGAGUCCCACCCUCAAACGACUUCAAGGUGGGAAUGAAGCUUGAAGCCCACGACCCACGCAAUUCCACCUCAGUCUGUAUUGCCACAGUGAUGGGUUUAACUGGGGUUCGUCUUCGUCUUCGUCUGGAUGGGAGCGACAACAGCAAUGACUUCUGGAGACUGGUGGACUCCUCUGACAUCCAGCCUAUUGGCACCUGUGAGAAGAAUGGAGACAUGCUGCAGCCACCACUUGGAUUUCGGAUGAACGCCUCCUCUUGGCCCAUGUUCCUGUUGAGAACCUUGAAUGGAGCAGAGAUGGCACCAAUAACAGCCUUUAAAAAGGAACCUCCGAGGCCCCCCCAGAAUAACUUUAAGCCGGGCAUGAAGCUGGAGGCUGUAGACAAGAAGAACCCGUACCUCAUCUGUCCCGCCACCAUUGGAGAAGUAAAGGGCGAUGAAGUCUUCAUCAUGUUCGACGGCUGGCGGGGUGCCUUCGACUACUGGUGCAAGUACGACUCCCGGGACAUCUUCCCUGUGGGCUGGUGCUCCCUGACGAAGCACAGCCUCCAGCCACCGGGCAACAGUGUUACUCUGCCAAAAAACCUGCAGAUUCUCCCGGCAUCGCCCUCCAAGCCCAGCAGGCGUUCCAUGCAGUCCCCCUACAGACUCCCCAACCCUCUGCCCCCUUUGCCUGUCAGGAAGGGGGUAAGAGGCCGUCGGCCUAAGAGUGAGACCAUCGCUCUCCUCAAAGCUGUUGCAGAAGCAGCAGCUGCCCAGAAUGGAGCCGUUCCCGAGGACACAGAGCUUGUUCCCCGAGUCCACAAGAAGAGAGGGCCCAAACGUGGAGGCAAGAAGAAGUCCAAGAUUCUCCAAAGUUCAACACAGCUGCCCAGCAUCCAGGUUUCACAAGAAAGCCCUCCCAGCCUCAACUCAGUGGUUUCAACAGUGUGCGUGUACGUGAAUAAGCAUGGAAACUGUGGUCCCCACCUGGACAGGAAACAGAUGCAGCAUCUGCCAGACCACUUUGGCCCGGGACCAGUGAAUGCUGUGCUCCAGCAGGUGGUCCAGUCGUGUAUAGACUGUGCAUACCAGCCUAAAGUCCUGCUCAGCGCUCUGCAGAACGAUUCAGGGGGAGGAGAGGUUGUCAAAGUGAGAACAGAUGGUGGAGUUCGUGUUGUCAGACUACCAUCAGCCUCUAGUGCUUCCUUUGUGCUGCGAUUUUUGGAGACCAUGUGUCGUCAUCUGCAGUGUGACAACCUGUUCAGCAGCCAGCCGUUCAGCCACUACACUACUUACGACAGGAACAAGUCAGUGAAAGAGGAGGCGUUGGACACUCCCUCUCUGGCACGAGGCAGUAAACGGAGUCUCUCUGGAGUCUCUCCACCGUAUGCAGCACCUCUGUCUCCUAAACAUUUACGUGCUGAAGCUCAUCCUUCAGAAGCAGAGACUCUGCCCCAUGAAGAGAACGGCCUAAUAAAGGAGCAGCGCUACAUGGAUUCUGCCUCCAACUCCAUGACCCCUCGACCUCAGACAGUGCGCAGUUCAUCCAGCUACCACUCCCAGGCCAGCAGCCUUUACCACCACAGCAGCAGCAGCACACCAGUGCGUCGCCUUUCCUCUCAUCCUGCAGAACUCAGCUCUACGCAGUCUCACAGACGAGUGGAAGCAGCCAGCUCCACCACAGGUCCUGAGGCUCUGGUGUCUGACCGGGAGAGUCUUCAGCUGCCCAGUAAAAACCCCUCCUCCUGGUCCAUUGAGGAGGUGAUGCAGUUUGUCAGGGAUGCUGACCCCACAGCAUUAGCACCUCAUGCUGAACUGUUCAGAAAACAUGAGAUUGAUGGAAAAGCCCUGAUGCUGCUACGGAGCGACAUGAUCAUGAAGUACAUGGGUCUGAAGCUGGGACCUGCGCUGAAGUUAUGCCAUCACAUAGAGAGGCUGAAACAAGGCAAACUGUAACAACAGCCAGGGAAGCCCCGACCCUGCCAGACCCAUGAGCAAUAAGCCCUGAAGGAGCCAGCGUUUGGAUACUGACUCAUGGGGCAUGCAGGGGUCAUAUGUUACUCAAGACUCCACCUGGAGGGACAGAAUCGAUGUUACAGCUUCACCCCAACUUCCAGAGCGGAGAAAGUGUGCCGUGCAUUGCUGACACAUUACCUCAUCCCCUCAUCAGUGAACAAAAAGCUGUUCAAGUCUCAGACUCCACUGACUCUAUGAAAUCCCAAAGGAAAAUAAUCCCUGUAGUGUUUACAUUGCAUAGCACAUGUGCACACGUGGACACAUUUUUUUUACGGAGAUGAAAUCUUUUGAUCCUGGUUUUGGAUCCCCAAAGAUGGAGAAUGUUUCUUCUUAUAUAAUGUUUUUAAUAUUGUUGAAUUUCCAGUUAAUAAGGAAGCGUUGGUAUGCUGAAAAAAAAAAAAAAGUCAGAUGUUCUUCCCCAUGCUCUUGAAGAGAAUUUGGAUGCUCUCUCGUCCGUGCUGUUGUAUAGCUGUUUUCACUUUCCACACGUAUGCCUAAAGUAUAGGUAUAUCUGCCUGCCCGAAGAAUGCCAAUAUCAACGCAUUCCACUUCUUUUCCACAAUGCUAGAAAGACGUUUCCCUUUGUGUGAACAUAAUCAGUGUCAUGAUAGGGAUCGUGAUUUUAAAUGAAACCUCACGUUUUCCACAAGACAUCCUGCAAAAUCACCACAUCAUGUAUUAUUGUGUCUUAGCGGGCCCUAAGUUGCCUCCUACUGGUCUUCAUGCAGUUCAAACCGUUUGUAACUCGAGUUCACACAACUUCUUAGUUUGGAUUAAUUUCAAUGGAGAGAAUGUUUAGAAAGUGCAAGGGCUUUCUGUGUUUGGUUUUGAUGUAACAUUUUUACCAGUCAUGUAUCAUUUAAGCUCGUCGGUCCGCCCACGACCUCAGUGUUGUCACUUUUGACUUUUACAAUCACUGUUAGCGAUGAAAACAGAUGUGUACAGUUUUAUGGGUUUAACCAUGAAUAUCAGCAACAGAAUGUACAUUUUGUAGAAACUUAAUAUUUUAAGGAAAUCAUAUACAUUAAGUUAGAAAUGUGAAGCUAAAGGGGAUUGGGGUGAAUAUUUCACAGUGGAUUCCAUUCUUCUUUUUAAUACUUAACGCAGUGCUUUUAGUUUCAGAUACUCCCAGUACUAGACUCUGCCUUGCUUUACCUACGACAUCUCUCAGGUUUAUGUGGUCUUUGUUAGUACAAGCUUUUGUAGCAUACCGUUUAUAAUAUACUUAAGAAUUUUCUUGUUGUCCCCUCCCCCCCCCCUUCACUUUAAAAGACUUGUGCCAUAUGAUAUUCAACACAGGAUCAAACUGCUGUUGAUUUCCCUCUUGCAUCUUCUUUAAAGUACUUGAAUAAUAUGUGUUGCAAAACGUCACUUGUCCAUUAAGUCACACCAGAUAAACAAUGUGUUUAUGAUGUUGUGUAUUUUCCUUUUUUUCUAUAAAGCUACCAAAAACAUGA